CAAUCCCUGCAUUUCCACAGCUCUCCGUGUUUUCCAGUCUGCCUCUGUCUCGUCCCACUCGCACUUUCUGUCAGAGCGCGGCGUUGACAGCCACUGGCCACUGAUCAGCCCACUUUGUCGGGGUUUGUGUCUCCGUGCAAGACUGCUGAAAAAGACGCUCUUACUUUCGCAUUCUCUUUUACUCGCAAGGCAAGCAUACGCGACAAAACAACAAGCCCCUCCACGGCAACAGAAGCAUAAGAAGUAAAAAAAAAAAAAAAAAAAAAAAAAAAAGAAAAAAAAAAAAAAGCCUUUAAGUCAUUUUCUAGACUCAUCACUGUCUUACAGCUCCCUGCACAAUGUCUGGAGAAGACGCACCUGCCGCCGAGCAGCAAAACGCCGUGGACCAGAAGCAGGAGACCAAACCCGCCGAGGAGCCCAAAGCUGAGCCGCCCAAGACGGAGCCAGAACCCGCCGCAGCAGCCGCCGCAGCCGAGGCCACCGCCACCCCGGCGGCGGCGGCGGCGGCGACGACCACCGAGAAGGUCCCCGAGGAGGACACGUUCACCUACCGCGCUCUGGUGCUCACCGGCUACGGGGGCUAUGAUAAAGUCAAGCUGCAGGUGAAGAAGGGAAAGCCGGUGCUCAAGGCUGGCGAGGUGCUGGUGCGGGUCAAGGCGUGCGGGCUCAACUUCGCAGACCUGAUGGCUCGACAGGGGCUGUACGACCGCCUGCCGUCCCCGCCGGUCACCCCGGGGAUGGAGUGCUCCGGGGAGGUGGAGGCUGUAGGGGAAGAAGUGACGGACAGAAAAGUCGGCGAUAAGGUGAUGGUGCUGAACCGCUUUGGGCUGUGGCAGGAGGUGGCCGUGGUGCCGGCAACCCACACCUUCCUCAUCCCAGAGGGCAUGAGCUUUGAGGAGGCAGCAGCCCUCCCUGUGAACUACAUCACUGCCUACAUGAUGCUGUUUGACUUCGGAAACCUGCGGCCCAACCAGAGCGUCCUCAUUCAUGCUGCUGCAGGUGGUGUAGGUAUUGCAGCCACUCAGCUGUGCAACACAGUGAAGGACGUGACUGUGUUCGGCACAGCAUCCGCCAGCAAGCACGAGACCAUCAGCCAGGGUGGAGUCACGCAUCCUAUCGACUAUCGCACCAAGGACUAUGUGGAGGAAGUACGCAAGAUCAGCCCGAAAGGGAUGGACAUUAUACUGGACCCUCUCGGAGGAUCAGACACCCAUAAGGCCUACAACCUGCUGAAGCCUAUGGGCAAACUCAUCACCUAUGGAACAUCCAACAUGCUAGCCGGCCAGAAGAAGAACCUGCUCGCUGUGGCCAAGAACUGGUACCAUCAGUUCUCCAUCCACACGCUCAGCCUGAUCCAGGGGAACAAGUCAGUGUGCGGUUUCCACCUGGGCUACCUGGACGGGGAGAUGGAGCUCCUCACUUCGGCCAUGAACAUCAUCCUGGAUCUCUACAAGGAGGGCAAGGUCAAGCCCCGCAUUGACUCCACCUGGCACCUUGAGCAGGUGGGCGAUGCCAUGAGAAAGAUGCAAGAGAGGAACAACAUCGGCAAAGUGAUCCUCAGCACAGAGCCGAUGCCCGAGGAGGAGAAAAAGGAGGAGCCCAAGAAGGAGGACAAGAAAGACGACAAGAAGAAGGACGACAAGAAGAAGGAUGACAAGAAGAAGGACGAUGGCAAGAAGGAGGAGAAGAAGGACGACAAGAAGAAAGAGGAGCCCAAGAAGGAGGAGAAGAAGGAGGAGGAGAAGAAGGAAGAGCCCAACAAGGAGGAGAAGUGAGAGGGAGGGAUGGAUAGUCAAGCAGACCGGCAGGGAGUUUGU